CAGCUAAGAGGUUGCUUCCUUGAUGUGCUUGCAAGAAUGGUAGAUGAUGAGGAAACUAGAGACAAGAUCAAUUCUCAAGCAAUGGAUUACGAGUUUCUUAGAGGAGCAGCUUUUUCAAAUAAGAUGGCCAAAGAUAACCUACAAACUAUGACCCCACGUAAGUGUUUGUGGCUGUUACUAGUUUACUACUUACUAGUUGUUGCUAGUAGCUUGCUAAAUUGUUGUGAUGUUAUUGCAGUUGAGUGGUGGCGUUCGUAUGGUGGUCGUGCUAUUGAGUUACAGAGAUUUGCUAGACGUUUGGUGAGUCUUUGUGCGUCUUCAUCAGGUUGUGAACGCAAUUGGAGUACCUUUGAAUUUAUCCAUACAAAGAAAAAAAAUCGAUUGUUACAUAAGAGGUUGAAUUCUAUUGUCUUCAUUUCCUACAACAGAAAGAUGAAGGCUAGGUUCCAAAAACUACGCCAGAAGAAGGGGAAAAACUUUGAUCCAUUGGUUCAUGAGGACUUCAACUGGGACAAUGAGUGGGCUGAUUCUUUGCAUGUAGUCCCUGAAGGUGGGCGUGGGUGUGAGUGUGACCUUACAUGGGACCUUGUGGAUAAUGCCAUUGGAGCAUCACAAGCACUCCGUGGCCGAAACUUACCAAGAAGGGCCCAUAAUGUGUAUUCAAGAAGAAAUUCUGUUGCUGCACAAAAUAUGUCAGAGGCUGAAGAGGAAGAUGAAGAUGAAGAAGAUGUUCCACAUGAUGAUGCAGAAAUCACAGAUUGUGAAGAUGAAUCUAAUGGUGGCAAUGAUGGUGAAGAAGGGGAGGCACCCAAUAUCCCAGGAGAGUUUGAUGAUGAUUUUUGAGCGACGGGAGAGUAGCUAUUGCUAGAUUGCAUUAGCAUAUUUGCUGCAUUACUAACUGCAGCUAGUUACUAUUAAUUAUGCCAUUACAAACUAUUUAUGUGGCUAUUUCAGAUUUGGUAUUGUGCUGUUUUAAAUUUUGUGACUUGCUAUUGUUCCUUUAGAAACUACUUUGUGGCUAUUUCAGAUCCACUAUUGUGCUAUUGUGAAUUUGUGAUGAUUUCUAGUUUA